CCCCCCCCUCACUCUCUGUCCGUCUGUGGCGCAGGGGGUGGGCCAUGGCGGCCUCGGCGGCGGCCACGGCCACAGCCACGGCCUCAGCCUCGGCGGCGGCUGCGGAGGCGGUCCACUACAUCCACCUGCAGAACUUCUCCCGCUCGCUGCUGGAGACGCUCAACGGGCAGCGGCUGGGCGGCCACUUCUGCGAUGUGACGGUGCGCAUCCGGGAGGCCUCGCUGCGGGCACACCGCUGCGUGCUGGCGGCCGGCUCGCCCUUCUUCCAGGACAAGCUGCUGCUGGGCCACUCGGAGAUCCUGGUGCCGCCCGUGGUGCCCGCGCAGACGGUGCGCCAGCUUGUCGAGUUCCUGUACAGCGGCUCGCUCGUGGUGGCGCAGAGCGAGGCGCUGCAGGUGCUCACGGCCGCCUCCAUCCUGCAGAUCAAGACUGUCAUCGACGAGUGCACCCAGAUCAUCUCCCAGGCGCGCGGGGCCGGCGCGCGGGGGCCGGAGGACGGGGCUCCGGGGCCCGCCGCUGCGGCCGCCUCUGCCGAGCUCUGCGCGCCGGGGCCGGGGGCCGAGGUCCGCUACAAGCUCCGCGACCUGCUCUCUGCGCAGCAGCAGCGGACCGUGGCCGCGGCAUCAGUGGCCGACGCGGGGCCCCACGGCUGUCACAGCCGCAAGCAGAGGCAGCCCGUGCGCCUGCAGCUGCUGGAGCCGCUGCCCGUAGUGGUCAAGGACGAGGAGGGAGAGGCCUCGCCCGCCCGGGCAGCCACCGCGGGGCCAGGGGGCGCAGAGGGCACCAGGGAGGGCUCGGGCCAGGGGGAUGGGGCGGAGGACGACGAGGAUGAAGACGAGGACGAGGAGGAGGCUGGGGCUGAGGAAGAGGAGGGCGGCGGGGGAGGCUGCUUCAGUCAGUGUGGGGGAGGCUUCUUUAGCGAGGGGCUUAAAGAGCCCCGGAAGGAACCCCCCACCGCAGUGCCGGAUUUGACCCCCACAGACCCCCCCGCGGGGAGAGACUAUUUUGGCGGGUCGUCGGAAGAGGUGUUCCCCGAGAGCUUUAUCCCCGUGUGGCCCAACGAGGAGGUGGCUGAAGGGGGCCCCCGGGAUGCGGCUCCCCCGGCUCUAGACGGCCCCCCCCAGGCUCCCGCUCGGCCCGACUGCAGCUUGGGGCCGCCUCCGAGUUCCGGCUUUGGACCUCGGCCCCCUGAGCCCCGCGCUCUGGGCUUUUCCGGCCCCACCGCCGCUGGGGUGAAGGGCGCAGGGGCCUCUGGCCUCUUCCCCUUCCACCUGCCAGCUCCUCCCCCGGGACCCCCCCAGCCUCCGCCCUUCUUCAGCCCCCUCCAGCCCGAAGGCUCUGCAGGAGGAGGCGGAGGCGGGGUCUCUGCUGCCCCUGCCUCGGCAGCUGCGAGCCUGGGAGGGUUAGGCCCCAUACAGAUCCAACACGGCGAGGGUCCUGGUCCGCCUGCGCCCCCUGGCCCAGGGCCACGGCCCCCAGAGCUGCCUUCCUAUGAAUGCAGCCACUGCCAGAAAACAUUCAGCUCCCGCAAGAACUACACGAAGCAUAUGUUUAUUCAUUCGGGGGAGAAGCCCCACCAAUGCUCAGUGUGCUGGCGCUCCUUCUCACUCCGAGAUUACCUCCUCAAGCACAUGGUCACCCACACGGGGGUCCGGGCCUUCCAGUGUUCUGUCUGCUGCAAGCGAUUCACUCAGAAGAGUUCACUCAAUGUGCACAUGCGCACGCACCGGCCGGAGCGCGUUCCCUGCCCGCUCUGUGCCAAGGUCUUCUCCCACCGUACACUACUGGAAAGGCAUCUCAGUUCCCACCCUUUUCCAUGGCAACGGGCAGGCCGCGGUGACGUGAACAAGAGGGGCGAGGCUACGGCCGAGGGAAGCCGAGGGGCGGGCUUCGGGAGAGGGCAGGCGUCGCUUCCGGGUGGCUGGGUGGGCGUCAGUUCCGGUCUCUCUCUUCCUCCUCUCUCAUUCCUCCUCUCCCUCCUCUCCCUCUCCUUGCUUUCCCUUCUCCUCCUGCUGGACACCUCUGCAGCAGCCAUGGCCCUUUGGCCUCUGACUUCUAGGGCCCUUCAGGGAUCAGUGACCUUCAGGGAUGUGGCUGUGACCUUCAGCCAUGAGGAGUGGGGGCAUCUAGACCCUUCCCAGAAGGCUCUCUACUGUGAGGUGAUGCUGGAGAAUUACAGGAACAUGAUCUGCCUUGGACUCGCUGUUUCCCAGCCCAAUGUGAUGGACCAGUUGGAGCGAGGGGAAGCCCCUUGGACUCCCGAAGGAGAAGGUGCAGGGGGCAGCUCCAUGGAUUGGGUUACCAGCCUUGAAACCAAGGAGCCAUUUCCCAAGCAGGGCACUUCUAUGGAGCAAUCCCUGGAGAGACUCUCAUGGAAUGAAUUCUUUGUCUCCAACCUAAGAGAAGCCUGUGAAUGUGGUGUUGACUUAGAGAAACUGCAUAUCAAUGAGAAUAAAUAUUCUCAGCAAGUCAAGGUUACCCAAAGAAAUACUUCUAAUAAAGUGGGUGGGUAUGAAUGUAGGAAAUAUGAUAGAAGGACCAGUCUAGGGCCUAUCCUUUUUCCACAGCAGAGAAUAUGUAAUGCACAGAGAAUGUGCUUCAGUCUGUAUUCUGAACCCAGUCUCUGGAAUAGAAGCUGCUCCAAGAGGAUUGUUUCUCAGUUUAAUGAAUGUGGGAAAGCCCUUAACCACAGUUCAACCAUUAUUCUCCCUCAGGCAGUUUACACUGGAGCCAAACCCCAGAAAUACAAUGAAUGUGAUACCUUUUCCCAGAGCAUGCAUCUUACUAAACAUCAGGGAACCCAUCCUGGAGAGAAGUUAUGUGAACAUAGUAACCAUGGGAAGGCCUGCAAAUGCAGCUUAUCCCUUACAUCCUAUUACAGGAUUCACAAAAGCACAAAGCUAUAUGAUUGUAGUGACUGUGGGAAGGCCUUUACCUGCAGUUCAUCCCUUACUUCCCAUCAUAGGAUCCAUACUGGAGAGAAACCAUUUGGAUGUGGUGACUGUGGGAAAGCAUUUCACCUGAAUAAACAGCUUAUUCGACAUCAGGCAAUUCACACUGGAGAAAAGAAGCCUUAUGAAUGUAGUGCAUGUGGGAAGACCUUCCUCCAUAGAACAGAACUUACUCAACACCGGAGUAUUCACACUGGAGAAAAACCAUAUAAGUGUAGUGAAUGUGGAAAGGCCUUCACCCGAAGCUCGUCCCUUAUUUCCCAUCGGACAAUUCAUACUGGAGAGAAACCUUAUGUGUGUCAUGAAUGUGGAAAGGCCUUCCGCUUGAGAAAACAGCUUACUGGACAUCAGAGAAUUCAUACUGGAGAGAAGCCUUAUGAAUGCAUGGAAUGUGGGAAGGCUUUCCGCCUGAGCAUUCAGCUUACUCGACAUUGGAAUAUUCAUACUGGAGAGAAACCCUAUGAAUGUCAUGAAUGUGGGAAGGCCUUCCGCUGGUGCAAACAGCUUACCCGACAUCGAAGUAGUCACACUAGAGAAAAACUUUAUGAAUAUCAUGAAUUUGAGAAAACUGUCUGCCAGAGGACAGAGCUUGCUCUUCAUCAGAGUAGUUUUGCUGGAGAGAAAGCUUAUGAAUGUAAUGCAUGUGGGAAGACCUUUAACCGAAGCUCAUCUCUCACUUCUCAUCGUAGGAUUCAUAGUGGAGAGAAGCCGUAUGAAUGCAAUGAGUGUGGCAAGGCCUUUCGCCUAAGCAAACAGUUGACUGCACAUCAGAGAACUCACACUGGAGAGAAACCUUAUCUAUGCAGCGAAUGUGGGAAGGCCUUCACAUGCAACUCUUCCCGUAUUUCCCAUCAUAGGAUCCAUACUGGAGAGAAACCUUAUGAAUGUAAUGAAUGUGGCAGGGCCUUUAGCCGGAAAACAGAACUAAUGUAUCAUCAGAGAAUUCACACUGGAGAAAAACCUUAUGAGUGCAUUGAAUGUGGGAAAGCUUUCCGCCUGAGUGUACAGCUCACUAGACACCGGAGUAUUCACACUGGAGAGAAACCCUAUGAAUGUCAUGAAUGUGGGAAGGCCUUCCGUUGGUGCAAACAGCUCACUCGACAUCGGAGUAUUCACACUGGGGAGAAACCUUAUGAAUGUAAUGAGUGUGAAAAAUCCUUCCGCCAGAGGGCAGAGCUUAUUCAACAUCAGAAUAUUCAUACUGGAGAGAAACCUUUUGAAUGUAAUGAAUGCGGGAAGGCCUUUAACCGCAGCUCUUCUCUUAUUUCCCAUCACAGGAUUCAUACUGGAGAAAAACCAUUUGAAUGUAAUGAGUGUGGGAAGGCCUUUACCCGUAGCUCAUCUCUUACUUCCCAUCACAGAAUACACACUGGAGAGAAGCCAUUUGAAUGUAAUGACUGUGGAAAAUCCUUUCGCCAGAGUACACAGCUCACUCGACAUCAGACAACUCAUGCUGAAGGAAAACCCUAUGAAGCUCCAUUCCCCUGAAUGUUAAGAAUGUGAGGAUAUUGGCCACAGCAUAGACUUGACUGAAAAGGAGAGAAUUCCAACAAAAGGCAAACUCUAGGGAUCAUGCAAGGAACCUCUUCCUACUUUGCCACACAGUGACUUCUCAGCUCCCUCCAUCCACUGUUGGACUCCCCCCACCACUCCACUCAUACAUACUUAGUAAUGACAGACUCCUGAGAUUUGACAGAAGCUUGUUCUCUCAAGUCCCUUCAGAAGUUCUCAGCAUCAUUACCCACCUUUCCUCAAUCAGGCUGAUCCCUCCCACCUCCGCCUGCCUACCCUAGACCUCAUCACCUCUUUUCCUUUGGAGUCUUCACAACUGCCUUCAAAUAUGUUGAAAGUCUCAUACUUAAAAGAAGUACUUCACACCACCUUGAGCCUUCCCACCAUCCAUUACCAGUCCAUCUCCUCCCUUCACAGCCAAAGUUCUUGGGAAAAACUGGCUGUGCCCAAUUCCUCCAGCACCUCAUCAUUCACCAUGUCCUUAACACAGAGUCAGAGGGGUCCAAUGGAAAGUGAAGUGGCCAGAGUUAAGGACACUGGUUUGGACCCCAUCUUUGAUGAUGGCUAUGAGUCUGAUGUUGGUCAAGCCACUCCACCUGGUCCUCAGUUUCUUCAUCUGUAACAUGAUGAGUUGGCAUUGGAGUCUCUAUCAGCCCAGCAUCUGUGACAUUCUUUUCCAUGGUCUCAGGCUGCUAGGUGGAGUUGUGGACCUUUAGUCAGGAAGAUGCAAGUUCAGAUCCUGUUCCAGACACUUCUUUUGUAACCAAGAGUGAGCCCUUGGACCUCUCUCAGUCUCAGUUUCCUAAUCUGUGGAAUGGGAACAAUGAUCGCUUCUACCCCUAGAGGGUUGUUAGGGUUAGGGUUCAAGUGAGAUGGUCUCGGUUAUCACUGUGACCUAUCAUGCUGUCAUUACUACUGGAAUUGCUUUCUCAGAAGUCACUGGGGACCACGCAAUUGCCAAGUAGGCUGACUUUAAAAAUUAUUCCUUUCCCUCAUUUUUAUGUGCAGUAUUUCAUGCUGUCUGCGCCCUUCCUGGAGAGUUUCUCCUGCCUUGUCUUCAAAGGCCCUGUUCUCUUUUGGUUUUGCCCCCCUCUUUCCUUCCCUAACUGGACUUCCUCUGUCUCCAGUGUCUCCUUGUUCUUUCUCCACUCCAUUAAGGACCCUCGGGGUCCUGCACUCUGUCUCCCACUGUGUUAGAGACAGCUCUGGUUCCACUUUGAUCUACAGCAAGUCAGCAUCACCAUAGCAUUCCCAUGGAUGCCUGACCUUGCCAUCCCCAGUAGGGGCACUUGGUUCAAGAUUGACAUAGGUUCUCUUGUUCCUCCGUCUGUGGAUUUUGAUGCUUGUGCGCUCUGCCCUCAGUGCCAGACAUCUCCUCUAGUGUGUGUCCUCUCCAUGCCCUUCUUCUGUCCCAGUUCUUCAUAGUGCUGCCUGGUACUUCAGAGACAAUCCUGGGUGCCUCUGCACAGGGGGGACCAGCCUGGACAGGGGAGGUAGUAUAUUUCUGCAAUUCUCACUUUCUCCUUCUUUGUCCAUGGUGCCAGAUUCUAUACUGUUCUCCAUGUACUUUGCAGGUGCUACCCUACCUCCUGGUUUGGGCUAGGUGCAGUGCCUCCUCCCCACCUUUCUGCCCUCUGUCCUUGGUGCCAGCCUCUCAGCAGCCCUCUCACAAAUCAUUUGUCUUGUUAGCACUUUGCCUGCUAUGUCCUAGGUGCUUAACAAAUGCUUGUUGCCCCACCAGCUUAGACUGGGGGGGCGGACCGUGUCUGCAGUGUCCCUUCCCCUUCCCCUUUUCUGCUCUCUGUGCCCAGCCUGAUUCCAGACUAUUCUCGGGUACUAAAUAAAUGCUUGUUGACUCACGUAUGCUCUCCCAGGGGCCUUCAAACCCCAGAUCACAGGCUAAUGGCUUUUCCUAGGCUAACCCUAAUUCUGCACUUGCCCCCUGCAUGCCAGGUGUAGACAUGUGUAAACAGCUGGCUUUUAAUAAAUGUGGCCUUAAAUGAUGAUGGGAGAAGCUUCAUA